AUGUCGAGCUCGAUACGACGCUACGCUCCAGAGCUCGUAGCCUCUUUAGCGCUCUCGUCCCUGUCUGUGCACUUACACAACGCACGUACCGCCGCAGCGGAUGACAUUGCGCGCUUAGGCGCACGGACAUCCAUCCUUGAUUCCCUGGCGACUCGCUUACGCGCAGGCGAACGCGUACCGGAGCAGGAGAUCACACAGUUACGCCGUUUGGCGCUCGAGGCGGAGCAGAAGCACGAACGCGGCGCGUACGAGGCCGGCAGCACCGUCAACUGGUGGGAGGCCAUAUUCGGACGCAAGGUGACGAAGGAGGAGCGCGCCGCGCGCGAUGCGCACGAAGAGCGCGACUUUGACACGCUCCGCGCUGCUCUUGAGAAGGAGGAGAAGACCUCCCGCGCAUGA